UAGAUCAGUGAAUAUAUCCAUCUUUUUUUAACACCAGUAAAACUGUAUAGUGCGUUUUUUUCUAUACAUUGUAAGCGUUUUCGUUUAUUGAGGGAGUUGGUCAUAAUUUCGUCGGUUAUGGGUGUGUUUUUUAAUUAAUAAUUACAUUUAACGCAAAAAUGAAGAUAAGCAAGUGUUAUCAGUGUUUUAUCACUGUUAUUAUCACCACGUUUCUAUUGGUAACAGCAGCUCAAGAUUAUGAUUUUGUUAGAGGAAAUUAUGAGCUUAUUUAUAAAAGGAUAGAAUGGUGUACUACGAGUGUGUUAGAACAAACCAAAUGUUUACAUUUUUCCGAAGCUGUAGCAAGAGAUCAACAAAAUAUUGUUAGAGGUUUCGCAUUUUUAGUUAAUUGUACACAGGCAUUUAGUAAAGAUGAAUGUAUGUCAUUAUUAGAUGACGAAAAAGUCACUUUAACAACUUUAGAUGCCGGUCAAGUCUUCACUGCAGGCCGUUUUCACAGCUUAGUACCAAUUGCUAAAGAAGUUACUGAGUUAGGAGGAACUGAAUAUUAUUCAGUCGCAGUUAUAAAACGAAAUUCGUUACAAGAUGUUACAUCACUAAGAGAUUUAAGAGGUCGAAGAGCAUGUUUUCCAGGAGUUGGAACAAUGGCUGGUUGGGUUCUGCCAAUACACAUAUUAAUAAAAGAAGCUGGGAUGGAAAUAAUUGAUUGUAACAAUAUUGUUAAAACAGCAACAGAAUUUUUUGGGCCAUCUUGUGCUGUAAACGCUUUAGUUGACGCUAACAACCCAAUUGGCGACAAUCCCGAUAAAUUAUGCCAAUUGUGCGUUGGAAAAAUCCCUGGUGGGAAAUGCACGGAUGCUGAUCCUUACGCUGGUUACGACGGAGCAUUUAGAUGUUUAUUAGAAUCUGGAGAUGUUGCAUUUUUAAGAGAUACAACCGUAUUAGAACUUAUGAAAGGAACUGGAUUUAGUGGGAUUUCUGCUGAUAAUUUUGAGUUAUUAUGUAAAGAUGGCACCAGAGCACCAAUCGGUCAAGCGACACGAUGUAAUUGGGGUAGAAUACCCACAAAUGCAAUUGUUGUUUCUUCAGCAGCUACAAUGAAAGAAAGGCUUUUAUAUCAACAGUUUUUGAAUAAAGUUGCUGAGUUAUACGCAGAUGAUCACCAAGGAAAUGUAAAUCGACCACCAAAUGAUUUAGAAUAUGAUCAAUUUGGGAAUAGAGUUAGAAAUAAACGCCAAAAUUAUAAUUCUUAUAACAAUGAGAAUCCAUAUUCCAAUGAUAACAAACAAAAUAAUUAUGACAAAAAAGAUCCCUUUGAUAACAAUAAUAAUAAUCGCGAACGCGAUCGAACAUAUGAAGAUAGAUAUUUUUUGAAUCCAAGCAGAUUUGGUGAAAAUAUCGAUCCUUAUGGUGAUUUAAGACCAGAUUAUAGAGGCAGCGAAAAGUUUGAUCAACCAACAAAUUUCCAGUAUACAGAUAAAUAUGAAACAUUUUACUUAUUUCAAUCAUCUCCUAAAUAUGGAAGACAAAGCAAUUUAAUGUUUCAAGAUUCAACAAAGAGAUUUUUUGCCAUUCCCGAAAAUGAACAAACUUAUGAUGGUUAUUUGAAAGAAUUGGUUAGUGUUGUUGUUGGAAUAAGGUCGUGUCCAGUUAAAAGUAUGACUUUAUGUGUUACUUCUGAUGUGGAAAUGGAAAAAUGCAUUAAAAUGAAGAUAGCUUUAAAAGCACAACUAUUAAAACCAGAAAUGAUAUGCUACAAAGCUCACUCCCAAAUCAAAUGUAUGGCUGCAAUACAAAGCAGAAGUGCGGACGUGGCGGUUUUCGACGCCGGUGACAUUUACACCGCCGGAUUAAAAUACGAACUUAUUCCCUUCAUAAGCGAACUAUACAACUUAGGUUCACCCGAUUAUUACGUCGUGGCAGUAGCGAAAGAAACCGAUCCCGACACAGAUUUAACAUACUUACGAACGAAAAAUACAUGUCAUGGUGGUGUUAAUACCGGAGCAGGUUGGGUUUAUCCCUUAGCGUUUUUGAUUAGCAACGGUUGGAUUCGACCGUAUGGUUGUAACAGUAUGAGAGCUGCAGCUGAAUAUUUUACAAAAAGUUGUGUUCCUGGUGCUUUAAGUAAUGAAUACAACACCGGUGUACCUUACGAUAACAUGUGCGAUUUGUGUCGUGGUUCAAGUUUCCGAUAUUGUCGCCGCGAUGCUUCUGAAAUGUUUUAUGGGCAUACAGGAGCGUUUAGAUGUUUAGUCGAAGGAGGAGGAGACGUUGCCUUCGUUAAACAUACAACAGCUAUAGAAAACACCGGAGGAAAACGAAGGGAAUGGUGGGCGAGAGAUGCUUUAAUUGAUGAUUUUGAACUUUUAUGUCCAGAUGGAACAAGAGCUGAAGUUAACGAAUACCUAAAAUGUAAUCUAGGUAAAGUUAAAGCGAACGCGAUUGUAACGAGAGGUGGUUAUGACUACAACGAAACCGAAGUGAACGCUUUCAUCAAUUUAUUUUUGUAUUCUCAAACUUUGUAUGGAGGAAAAAUUCCCGAUGAGUUUAGUUUUAGCAUGUUUUAUUCACCACCACCUUACACCGAUUUAAUUUUCCAAGACGCCACGACUCAAUUGAAGGUUAUUCCAUCACAUCUUCGAGAAUAUUCGAAGUAUUUAGGGGGAGAUUUUAUGAGAGCUAAAAGAAUAGUUGAUUGUCACGCUGGAGCCGAAAGAUUUGAAAUUACAUUAUUUACUUCAAUUUUAUCUUUGAUCAUAGCUUUAUAUGUUUUAUAAGGUUCAAAUUUUUUUCCGACUGAUUUUUUUAUCGAAAAAAAAAACAAACAUGUAAAUAUUUUUUACCUAAAAUUAUGUUUAUUAAUUUUUUUAAUUGUAAAGAAUUGUUAUUGAACUAAUUUUAAAUAGUGUAGUAUAUAGGGAGGAUUAAAUCAGAAUAUGAGGCAAAAAGUGAGUAUCAAGUGCCUUGGUGUUAAUAAGAAUCUUUACGAUAUUAUCCGUCCAUUUUUAAAGAAUUUUCUGUAAGAUUUUUUAUACUUAAUACAAUUUUAUUUUUAUUGGUUUAAUA